AUGGGGACUGUAAACUACACAACUGUAACAGAGCUCAUGAUUUUGGGGCUAACAGAAGAUGCUACAGUGUGUGCCGUUUUGUUUGUUGUGUUUCUAGGAAUCUAUGCUGUCACCUUAGCGGGCAACAUCAGCAUAAUCACGUUAAUCAGAAGCAGCCCUCAGCUAAACACCCCAAUGUACCUUUUCCUCAGCCAUCUGGCCUUUGUGGAUAUUGGGUAUUCCUCAUCAGUGACACCUGUCAUGCUCAUUGCCUUCCUCAGAGAAGGAAUAUUGAUCCCUGUGGCAGGCUGCGUGGCUCAACUCUGUUCUGUGGUGACUUUUGGGACGGCUGAGUGCUUCCUGUUGGCUGCCAUGGCCUAUGAUCGCUAUGUGGCCAUCUGCUCUCCCCUGCUCUACUCCACCCGCAUGUCCCCUAGAAUCUGCAUUUUCCUACUGGGGAUGUCUUAUCUGGGUGGGUGUAUAAAUGCUUGGACAUUUACUGGUAACUUAUUACGUCUGUCCUUUUGUGGUCCAAAUAAAGUCAAUCACUUUUUCUGUGACUAUUCGCCACUUUUGAAGCUUUCUUGUUCUCAUGAUUUUACUUCUGAAAUAAGUCCAGCCAUUUCUUCUGGCUCCAUCAUUGUAGUGACUGUGUUUAUCAUUGCUCUCUCUUACGUCUACAUCCUCUUCUCAAUCCUGAAGAUGCGCUCCACUGAGGGGCGCCACAAGGCCUUCUCCACCUGCAGCUCCCACCUCACCGCAGUCACUCUGUACUAUGGGACCAUUACAUUCAUUUAUGUGAUGCCCAAGACCAGCUACUCAACUGACCAGAACAAAGUGGUGUCUGUGUUCUACACAGUGGUCAUCCCCAUGUUGAACCCCCUCAUUUACAGUCUGAGGAAUAAGGAUGUUAAAGAAUCCAUGAGAAAAUUUAUGGCUAGGACUCGGUGGUGGUCCUAA